GUCAGGCUUGUGAGGCUGUGGGCCGCCGGAGUCCCGUGAAGUAACUUUAGGUGGAAGAUGCCGGGAAGUAACUCGGGAGAGGGUAGCGAUAGAAGCGAGGAGCAGGUGUCUGGUGCUAAAGUCAUCGCCCAGGCCCUGAAAACGCAAAAUGUGGAAUACAUGUUCGGUGUCGUAGGCAUCCCCGUGACCGAAAUCGCCCUUGCUGCACAGGAAUUGGGCAUCAGGUACAUCGGGAUGAGGAAUGAGCAAGCGGCUUGUUAUGCUGCCUCUGCGGUUGGAUACCUAACGGGCAGGCCAGGAGUGUGCCUUGUGGUUUCUGGCCCAGGUCUCAUCCACGCCUUGGGUGGCAUGGCAAAUGCGAACAUGAACUGCUGGCCCUUGAUUGUGAUUGGUGGUUCUUCUGAAAGAAAUCAAGAAACAAUGGGAGCCUUUCAGGAGUUUCCUCAGGUUGAAGCUUGCAGAUUAUAUAGCAAGUUCUCUGCCCGGCCAGCCAGCAUAGAGCAUAUUCCUUCUGUUAUUGAAAAGGCAGUGAGAAGCAGUAUCUAUGGUCGGCCAGGUGCUUGUUACGUUGACAUUCCUGCAGAUCUCGUGAUCCUCCAGGAGAAUGUGAAUUCUAUAAAGUACAAGGAGUGCUGCAUGCCAUCUCCAGUGAGCAUGGCCGAAACCUCUGCUGUGUGUAUGGCAGCAUCUGUUAUUAGAGAUGCCAAACGGCCCCUGCUCAUCAUCGGGAAAGGUGCCGCUUAUUCCCGUGCAGAGGACAGUCUCCGGAAGCUGGUGGAGCAGUGCAAUUUGCCAUUUUUGCCUACCCCUAUGGGGAAGGGUGUUGUCCCUGACAAUCAUCCAAACUGUGUAGGUGCAGCCAGAUCCAGGGCUCUGCAGUUUGCUGAUGUGAUUGUGUUAUUUGGUGCGAGGCUGAACUGGAUAUUACAUUUUGGAUUGCCUCCAAGAUACCAGGCAAAUGUGAAGUUUAUUCAGAUUGAUAUCUGUGCCGAAGAAUUGGGUAAUAAUGUAAGGCCUUCUGUGACUUUGCUAGGAGACAUAAAUGCUGUUUCUAAGCAGCUUUUGGAACAGUUUGAUAAAACCCCAUGGCAGUACCCCAUAGACAGCAAAUGGUGGGAGACUCUGAGGGAAAAAAUGAGGACCAAUGAAGCUGCAUCCAAGGAAUUAGCUUCCAAAAGAUCCCUCCCUAUGAAUUACUACACAGUAUUUUCCCAUGUUCAAGAACAGUUACCCAGAGACUGUUUUAUAGUAAGUGAGGGAGCUAAUACUAUGGACAUUGGCCGUACCGUGCUUCAGAACUACCUUCCUCGCCAUAGGCUUGAUGCUGGCACCUUUGGAACAAUGGGAGUCGGUUUGGGAUUUGCUAUUGCAGCUGCUCUGGUGGCUAAAGAUAGAAGUCCCCGGCAGCGGGUCAUCUGUGUGGAAGGCGACAGUGCCUUUGGGUUUUCUGGCAUGGAAGUAGAAACCAUCUGCAGGUACAACUUGCCAAUUAUAGUCUUGGUAGUAAACAAUAAUGGAAUCUACCAAGGAGUUGAUGCAGACACUUGGGGGAAAAUGUCAAAUCUUCAAGAAGCUGCCACAAUUGUCCCUCCGAUGUGUCUCUUGCCAAACGCGCAUUAUGAGCAGGUCAUGACUGCAUUUGGAGGCAAAGGGUAUUUUGUACAAACACCAGAAGAACUCCAAAACUCUCUGAAGCAGGCACUGGAAGACACAAGUAAACCCUGUCUUAUCAACAUCAUGAUUGAACCACAGAGCACACGGAAAGCCCAGGACUUUCACUGGCUGACCCGUUCUAAUAUGUGAAUAAACUGUUGACGGUUUUGAGGAACUUUCUCUUUCCAGCAAGGUAGAAUUUACUUUCCAUAGCAAAAACAUUUAAAAUUAUGUUUUAUUAAAGAACUUGAUUAAAAACAGAAAA